AUGAAACAACGAGAGCGUGAUCAUAUUGUUAAGAUCCUUAGUCCAAUUUUUGGAUUAAUAUUUGAAGAAUUUAAUAUAGGCAUCUUUGAGCUUAACUGUAUUACUUCCAGAAAACAAAAGUAUAUUAAUGAAGAAUACGUAAAGUUAAACCCACCAUCUAGAAUGAUGGAUUUGGUAAUAUCAUUACAUAGUUACAAGAUUGAAUUAUUAGUACUUGAAGCAGGAAAUACAGAAGGUCUUAUGGACGACAUUAAAUUCUGGGAAGAUCAUUCUAAAAUUAAAGUGGUAAUGAAAGAUUGUAUGGAUGCCUUUUAG